CUAACUGAUAAUAAUCCCCAAACCCUAGAGAUCACAAACCAGCGGCCAGUGAGUUAAUUGCCUUUGCUUCUCAAAUUUUCAGCCAUGGCGGACGUGGAAGCAGAUGUUGCGGCGCCAGGGCUGCCGAAGAAGAGGACGUUCAAGAAGUUCAGCUUCAGAGGUGUCGAUCUCGAUGCGCUUCUUGACAUGUCUACUGACGAGCUGGUCAAGCUCUUCCCGGCCCGCGCUCGCCGGAGGUUUCAGCGCGGAUUGAAGAGGAAGCCGAUGGCAUUGAUCAAGAAGCUGCGCAAGGCGAAACGGGAUGCCCCACCUGGGGAGAAGCCUGAACCAGUCAGGACUCACCUCCGCAACAUGAUCAUUGUACCUGAGAUGAUAGGUAGCAUUAUUGGGGUUUACAAUGGAAAGACCUUUAAUCAAGUUGAAAUCAAACCAGAAAUGAUUAGCCAUUAUCUAGCUGAAUUCUCAAUCAGUUACAAGCCUGUCAAGCACGGAAGGCCGGGUAUUGGUGCCACCCACUCUUCUAGGUUCAUUCCUCUCAAGUGAAGAUUUUGCAUGUGCUUUAUAUUGUUGGCCUAAUGGCAGUGCUAACUUGAUUUUUGCUGAAUUUUGACCAACAUAUAUUGUAGUGAUUUUGUCUUGUUCUUUAAGUAAAAUGACUUCAUCUUUGAACA